AUGUUCACGCCAGUCCAUACCUCGCUCGGCGCCCUGCUGCUCUUCAGCGGCUCGUUUGGCCUGCUCGUGCAUAAUGGACGGGUGUUUGGCAUCUCGUCCAUGCUGCGCUCCGGCCUGGUCCGUCCUGACAUUACCGACGAGAAUGUGGCGGUUCUGGCUGGGUUGCUGUCGAGUCCGUGGCUAGUCUGGCUGUUUGUGCCCUCGCUGCUGCCUGCGUAUCCAGAUGCAGUCGAGUCCUGGACUUCUGUGGUAUCGACGCUUGGUUUGGGGUUCUUAGUGGGAUGGGGCACGAAGAACGGCGCGGGCUGCACAUCCGGCCACAUGCUCUGCGGCAUCUCGCGCCUCUCAGCACGCUCGCUGCUCGCAACGGGAAUAUUCUUCACCACCGCGCUCCUCACUGCCACCUAUGCGCCAGUGCUCACCGGCAGCCAAAUAAUCCCCAUCUGUCGCGAGGGGCCAUGCUACCAUAUCUCCUUACCGACCAUCUUCGAACUCAGCGUAAUGACGACCAGCGCCGUACUCGCCAUUCUCGCCAACUUCGCAAUCGGGCCGCAGAAACUCCUCCUCUCUCGGUUGCCCACCUCGCGCAGCGCAUUCGCGUAUCUCGCUGGCGUGCAGUUCGGUCUCGGCCUGCUAUUCACCGGCAUGGCGGACCCAGCCAAAGUGAUCCGAUUCUUCGCGUUUCUCACGGACCUCAGCGCCUUUGAUCCGUCGUUGGCGCUGGUGCUGGUCUUUGGGGUUGGGCCAUCACUAUAUUGGUAUCUGGCCACUGAACCCGGCAAGGCCAAUGCAGAAGGGAAGGUGGAUGCGCCGACGCUGGCGGAUUCGUGGAGUCUGCCGAACCGCACGCUUGCAGACGUCGAUUGGCGGUUCGUAGCCGGUGCGGUCGCUUUCGGGCUGGGCUGGGGUCUGAGUGGUGUCUGUCCGGGGCCGGCGAUUGUCAGAUCCGUCCUCCAGCCAGCGUGGGGAGUUGUUUGGAUGGCUGGUUAUGCGGUUGGCAGUCGGCUUUGA